UCUUUUCCCCUUCAGCUUCGUGUAAAUGAACUCCUCGCUUCCUCGUGUCCUUCACAUGGCGCCGCUUAUUCGGAUUGAUUGGAACACAUUAACAAACGCGAUUAGCAACACGUUUUAAUACAGCACAAUGGCGAUGGGAUAACCGUCCUUGAAUGUGGCUCUUUAGCAGAGAAUUAACUCCCAUUGGGUUGAAUGAAAGCUCACAUUAUUGCAGAGCCGUUUGUGCGUCUGUCUGCAGCUCGCAGCCAAAUCUGUUUAAACUAAUUAACCAUGAAUUCACUUCAAAGCGGGACUUUAUUCAAAUGAGCUGCGUUUCUAUCUCUGAAACAAGACUGCAAAGAUAUUUGGACACAUCUGCCUCAUCCAUGGCAGAUACGUUUAAAGCUGGAUUCAGUCUGAAGGAAUAUUCGACUCCUCUUUGAGCUGCAGAAGCAAAUAUUCAAAUGUAGAAGCAGUGACAGGAAAGAGAUCCACAAAUAUUUGAUAGUCAGUUGUUUCACCAAAAUUCAAGACUUUGAAAAGAGCACGUUUGUUGUUUUUGACAGUUUUUAUAGACAAGACAAGAUGUUUUUUUAACCACGUUUCCUUUUUUUCUGACGUUUUACGCACCAAAUGAUUGACUAAUAGAGAAAACACACACCGACUGAUUCUGUUUUUGCUCUUUAAAGUUGAUCUGUUGUAAUAAAGAAAGAAUAUUUUCCACAUCCAGUGCUGACAGAGUGUGUCAGUUGUGUGUGUUUGUGCUUCAGGUGUAAUAUUUCCAUAUGUUUUCAGACGGCGCUUCACUGGGCAGCCAAGCAGGGCCGGCAGGAGGCCGUGGACAUGAUGCUUCGCUCCGGAGCCGACGUCAACGUCAGAUCGGGUUACACACCUCUUCAUCUCGCCUCCAUCCAUGGACACCAGGAGAUCAUUCGAACCCUGAUCAACACUUACAAUGCUAAAACCAACAUCAGAGAUUAUCACGGGAAAAGAGCCGAACACUACUGGAGCGGCAGCAGCGACGUCUUCAACAAACCCGGCUCUCAGACCGGCAGGUUCAGUCGCAGUCGGAGGACUCAGCGUUACGCUCUUCCUCUGCUGUUGUCUCGAUCUCGUAGUCAGGGUCAACUUCACCUGGACUUCGGGACACUGCCUCAGUCGACGUCACAUGACGCCUUGGACCUCUAUGUAUGAUAUCACUGUAUGACCUCACUGUCCUGGUGGAAGCACCGCCCACCAAAUCAUCUAAAUGAUGCUGCUAUGGGACUUUCUAUAUCUCAAAAAUGUCACUGCUUUGGUAGAAAUUUUAGGACACUUAAAAAAAUUUGGGGAUGAAAAAUCUAAAUGAUACGACAAUUAUGAAUUUCUUUCACAAAAAGUUACUUUUUUUUGCUUGGAAUUUUGAGUGACUUCAAAAAUAGAGAUGAAAAACCCAAAUGACCGGUAAAUUUAGACUUUCUUUUACAAAAAUGUUACUUUAUAGCUAAAAUUUUUCCCAGAUUUCCAAAAUUUGGUAAUUUAAAAAAACUAACUCAUGCCUCAAUUUUGGCUUUUUAACACAAAAAUGUUGCUUUUUUGCUUGAAAUUUUUGGUGAUUUGCAAAAUUUGGGGAUAAAACAAUCGAAAUUUUGUGGCAAUGUUGACUUUCUGUCACAAAAAUGCUUCGAGUUUUCAGUGAUGUCCAAAACUUUGGUAUAAAAAAUCUAAACUAUGCAUCCGUUUUGAUGUUUACAAUGAAAAUGAAAUGAAACUUUUAGUUACUUCAAAAAUUUGGAAGAUAAAAAAAAUAUUGACCAUAAAUCUGGACUUGCAUUUAAAAAAAUUUAACUUUUUUGCUUGAAAUUUUGGUGAGUUCCAAAAUUUGGGGAUAAAAAAAUCUAAAUUUUGUGGAAAUGUUGACUUUCUGUCACAAAAAAUGUUACAUUUUUGCUCAAAAAUAGAAAAAUGUUGGAAUUAGUCAUUGAAAUUAUUCAGCAAUUUUAACUUUCUAUCACAAACAUGUUUCUUAUUUUGCGAUGAACAGUUUAAACUAUGCCGCAGUUUUGACUUUUUAUCACACAAAUGAUCAAUUUUAGUUAAAAAAUGUGACUCCUCAUAAAGUAAGUAACUUUUCUUCUUAGUAUAAAUGAUAGUUUUUCUGGCAGAAAUGGGCUUCCAUACUAUGAAGAGUGUUUUUUGUUGUUGUCUUCUGGGAAGUGAAUGAAUUUAAAUGAACUACAAACUGUUUUAUGGAUUCAGUGCAGUUUGAUUGAAGAGUGAAAGUUAAUUUUCUCGUAAUUUAAAGUUCUAAAUGUUAAUUUCUGGCUGUAUUUGAGUUAAAUAUAGAUUUAUUUGUAUUUUCCACUCUGUGAAGCCGAUAGUGUUGAAUCUGUGGAAGGAAUGGUCCGUAAAUGUUGGACUUGUCUCAUCGUCCGUCCUAUAAAUGUCUUCAUUAACCAACGGUCCAUUGGCUGCUUACAGCAUAAAGCUCAUUAUCUGCUUUAAUAAGGCGAAGCAGCAGCGUUUGUGUAAAUGAUCAGCAGCAGAGACACGCUAAUAACAAACGCUCACUCUGCUUAAUGUGCUGCAGUCCAGCUGUGACUAAAGGCCACCGAGCAAAGCAGCGCUCAGCUGACGGGAACAUGAAGAACAUAAAGAACGUGCAGAACGUAGAGCAGAUCCAACAUGCAUCAUCUGCAGAACAAUGAGCAGCUCUACUGAAUCCACAGAAGAAGAAAUUAAAAUGAAAUGUCAGAAAAUGUCUCAUUUUCAUUAUCAGAGGUUUCACUUGAUGCGUAGAUAAUACAAACCUUAAAAUAAAAUCAGCUGUUUGGGUUUUUUAAAUCUUAUUUCUAUUUUUUUGGUUCUGGUCACCAUCUCAUGAAUCACAAUUUUGGGUCUGACUUCAAAGGUGUGGUUUUUAAUGAAAAAUUUUUUAAAAAAUUGCCAAAAAAACCUCCCCAAAUUAACAAAAGAAAUGACAUGUUUGUUUGGUUUUUCAUUUUUAAUUGUCACAUGUGAAAUAGUUUUACCGUUUUUGGAGAUAAAAUAACACAAACUGAACAUAAAUUUUCCCUUUCUUUUAUAAAAAUGUUGCUGUUUUGCUUUCAAUUUUUGGUGAUUUCCAAAAUUUUGGAGAAAUAAAACAAAUUGUGUGUAAAUUUUGACUUUCUUUCACAAAAAUGUUACUUUUUUGCUCAAAUUUAUUAAUGAUUACAAAACUUUGAGGUGAAAAAUCUAAUUUAUAUGACAAUUUUAACUUUCUGUCACAAAAAUGCUUGAAAUUUUGAGAGAUGUCCAAAACUUUUAUAUAAAAAACCUAAAUAAUGCAGCAAAUUUGACUUUCUUUCUCAAAUAUAAUACUUUUUUCUUGAAAUUUUGAUUGACUUAAUACAUUUUGAUUAAAAAAAAUCAACAUUUUCAGGCAAUUUGGAUCUUCCACAAAACUGUUACUAUUUGUUGCUUGAAUUUUGCAUGACUUCCAGAAUUUUAAGUGGAAAAUCUAAAUAAUGCAGGAAUUUUGACUUUCUACCACAAACAUGUUACUUCUUGCUUGAAAUUCUGAGUAACUUGAAAAAAUUAAUUUUUAUAGGUAACGUUUAAUUCAUGAUGUGUAUGGCUGCACUCUGGGCCUAGUUUGGCAUCAUUUGCUUAUUUUCAUGUUUUCUACAGUUGCACAGAGCAGUGAAAUAUGCUCUAGUAUCCAAGGCAAAUUUCCCUUGCAUGUUUUUUAAAUAUUGUGAGGCUAAUCUCCUGUAUUCCCACUGAAAUUGAAAUUGAAAAUAAAUAGCUAGAGACUGCUCUGAGUGUGAAGGGUUAAAAGCGUGGCCUUGUUAACUAUUUCCAUGUUUCUCUCUACAAACUUUUCCUCUCUACUCUGCUCAUCAUCUGCAGAAAGAUGUUUCUCCAUGCUGAAUGUAUCUCCAACAACCUGCUCCUCUGUUCACUGUUUCUGAGCCAUGCUGCAUUUAUUUUAUUCAUCCAGGAGGUUGGAUUUUCCUGUCAGUCCCUCUUGUCGUCUCAGUUUCGUGUCAUUUUUGUGGCAUUUGUGUUGUUUCAUUUCUCAUUUUUUGUUGCUUUGUGUCUCAUUUUUUGUUGCUUUGUGUCUUGGUUUUGUCAUUUUCUCGUCCUUUUAUGUCAUUUCGUGUCUCUUUGUGGUGGUUUUGUCUCCACAUCUUAUCAAUAUUAAACUAUUCCCACGUUUCCAGCCUAUACAAAUGUUUUUCUCUCUGCAGAAAGAUGUUUCACCAUGCUGAAUGUAUCUUCCAACAACUUGCUGCAUUUAUUUUAUUCCUCCAGGAGGUUUGAUUGAUUUUCCUCUCAGUCUCUCUGUGGAAACACUUCCUGCAGUUCAACCUAAAAGCUCUCAGUUGCACAGAGAGGCUCAGAUUUUUUUUUUUUACAGUAUCUGGUGUAAACACUUUAUUGUUGGAGAUUUUUUAAAUGGGACAUGCAGACGUUGAUGUAACUCUGAAUAAAUAUUCCAAUUUUAA